GAAUUCUCACGUAUUCCUUUACGUUGGCAUAGGAGGAAGCAUACAGCUGGCUACAAGCAACCCCGAUUGGAAGGUCACGAUAAGGAUUGCCCGUGACGUCUUCGUUUCGCAGGCAAAUGUAAUUCGCGGCACGGCGAUUGCUGUUCAGUUUGGUGUGACCUUCGCCACAGUGAUCAUGCCUGAUCAAAGUGUUUUCCAGUGCAACUGCGCCACGUUAUUUUUUCUACUAUUUGCAAUUUCAUGGAGCGCAAGUGUUCCUAUUCAAGGCGUCAUCCACGAUGCUUUAAGAAACGGUCCGAUGCAUCAAGGAUACUUUAGUGGUUUCGGGUUCGAAUUAAUCUUGAGUCGUUUGAGCGUGAUUGAUCAAAGUAUUAUGCAGCUACGAACCGAUGUUCGCACACUACAAGAACGAGACCAACGUAUAGCGGAUAAUAUUACUCGACUAGAACAACGGCUAGACAAUGUUGAGACCCGUUUAGACGAGACCAAUGCAAUCGGUUUACAGAUAAUCGAUCAGCAAAACCGUAUCAACUCUCUGUCAGCCGACCUGUUGGCCAUAUCUAAUCGACAGGACCAGGCAGAAUCUGCCAUUGGUUCCUUUGGCCAGAGACACCACGGACGACCUCAUCACGUUCAUCACGGUCGUCGCGGUCAUAACGGUUGAUAAUGAUCACGCAAUGAGUGAAGGUAGAAAAUAAAUGAUAUCCAAGUGCUUAAAAAUAAAUAUUUUUUGUGUUUGUCGACCCCCAUAAAAUUUUCAAUGUUUUAGC